AGUCAAGCGCUGAAGCUCCCUACGAACGGAGCCAGUCUAAAGUAACGAGGCAUUUGUCCGCGUUCGUAUAUAUCUGCAUUGUUGUUGUUGUUGUUGCAGCUACUGCUGCUGCUCGCGCUGUGUCGUUGCCACUGUGUACGUCUUCGUUCGUCUAUAUAUACAUAACAACAAAACGCGUGUAAAAGGGAGCUUUCAUUCGUUCGCGCCACUUUGUUGUGUGCUUAUUAUACAUCUGCACAAAGACGUGCAACAUUUACUCUAUCCGCGUGUGUAUGUGUGUGACCGUGUGUUUACAUUGUAGCGUACAGAAACAUGAUAACGUAAAGCGAGGUUAUUUGCGAAAAUCUGCGAUUGUAAUUUUAUCCGAUCAUGCCUGAUAAUACUGCGGGAAAUCGUUUUUCAAGAGGAGAAAAUGAUUUGUUCAGCGAAGAGAUCUCGUCCAUCGGGAUGUCCGUACGACCCAGUGGUAGCGCAUCAUCGGGUAUCUCGAGUCUGGCGAGUUGCGGCGAGGUCGAAUCGCUGCCGGAACUACCGCCCCAGGACGAGGAGAGGCUGCAGCGAGCCGCUCGUUUGCUUCAGCAGCGGCUCGUUUUGCGCCAAUGGCUCGUCGACCAUGGACUCCACAAUCACUAUCAAAGACUGCUGCAAAUGGAGGUGCUGUCGCUGGAGGACGUCUACUGGGUCGAAGACAACGCGGUGCGCGUAGCGCUGGGCAAGGAUCUGCCGCGAUGGAUACAGGCGCGCCAGACGCUGCCCACCUCCAAGGAGGAUCUGGACGUGCUCAAGGCCGAUCUUUGGAGCUCGGUGGUGAAGAACAGUCAACAUCAGGACGCAUGGACCUGGGGUGGCAUGCUGGUGGUGUCGGUGUCGGUAGCCGGCCUGGUCACACUGGCGGCGAUGACUCAGCCCGCCCUGGCGCCCGAGGCCAAGCACUCGCUCCUGCAGUACGUCACCGGCAAGUACCUGCUGCCCGGCAACUGCCGCGUCCACUUCGAGUGGGAGGAGCCCCAGCUCGUCGGCGAGACGAUGACCUUAAACGUCAAGUUUUACCAGAGAAACGGACAGCCGUAUCCGAUCUGCGACAAAGACAAUCUCAUCGUCGAGGUGAGUCAGGGCAACAGCAGCAUAGCGACCUUCAUCGAGCUCGGCGGCACCGAUCCGCUGCUGGCCAACACGGCGGUCGUCAAGUUCACGGUACGCCACGCCGGUCAGUAUCGCAUAGCCGUGCAAAUAGGCUCUUAUCACGUGCACGGCAGUCCGUUCUUGAAGACGUUUCUGCCGGGACAACAGGAUCCAAACAAGACGGUCUUCGUGCGUAACAGCUCGACCGUCGUCUGCACCGCGGGCAUAGCGCACUCGAUGACGAUCGAGCCCCGCGACGAGUACGACAAUCUCUGCAUCUUCGGCAUCAACGAGAAUCCCGUGGACGGCUACAAGGUCCACAUAACUCAGAUCGGCACGUCGCCCGACAAGCUGUCCCCCGAUAACUGCGGCGACACUUCGCUCGAGUACGACGCGCCCAAUCAGCGCAUUCGUCUGAGGGUCAGCUUCGACAAGGGCGGCUGCUAUCACGCCACCGUGAGCCUCAACGGCACGCAGCUGCACAACGGCGAGUUCGACAUCAUCGUGCUGGAGAGCGCCGUGUCCCGAGCCGUCCAGAACAACGUGGCCUCCAAGGACCCGACGAUUUGCUACGCGGCCAAGUUACUCGGUAUACAGGGCGAGAGGUACUCGAAGCCCAAGAAAGUCUUCUGCUUCAUCUCUCCGAAGCAGCUGACGAUCAAGGAGUACCUGUUGAAAUUCAUUCCCAAGAGAUUGGUCACUUUUAGGCUUUGUCCUUCGACCAAGUUUCAUUUCGAUAGUCCUAAUAAUCAGCACGAAGGUUACGACUCUUUUACUAUUGACGACGGAUGUCAACCCCCGGUGGAACUGAUCUCGCAUUAUCGUGAUAUUAUAGCGGCUACUUUUACACUAUUCUUAUUGAAAAACAUAGGCGGCAGCGAAACUUUUGCCGAUAAGCAGGACUUUUUCUAUCACGAGGUUCGAAAACAUCAUCAGAAGCAUUAUCAUGAAAAAUUGUCAAUGAAGGUUCAACGUGAUAGACUGCUAGAAACGUCAAUGAAGGCAACUAAAGGAUUUUCGAUCAGCGAUUGGUGUCGAAAUUUCGAAAUCACAUUUCAAGGCGAACAAGGUGUGGAUUGGGGCGGAGUUCGACGCGAAUGGUUCGAGCUGAUCUGCGCGUCGCUGUUCGACCAAGGAAACGGCCUGUUCAGCUCGUUCGGAGAGUCGCAGCAGGCCCUGGUCCAUCCGAACGGCAAACGAGCUCCAGGCUUGAAGCUGAAACACUACGAGUUCGCUGGCAAAAUCGUCGGGAAAUGUCUGUACGAGUCGGCGCUCGGCGGCUCGUAUCGACAGCUCGUCCGGGCCCGUUUCACUCGCUCGUUCCUGGCUCAGAUCAUCGGCCUGCGAGUGCAUUACAAAUAUUUCGAGCAAGACGAUCCAGAUUUGUAUUUGAGCAAAGUCAAGUACAUUCUGGAGAAUGACGUCGAAGAAAUGGAACUGUUCUUCAUAGAAGAAGAGUACGACAAAGAUGGUCAAUUAGUAAAAUUGGUCGAAUUGAUUCCUGGCGGUCGAAAUAUUCGCGUAACAAACGACAUGAAACUUCGAUACUUGGAUGCCUUAGCACAACAUAGACUAGCUAAUUCAAUACGCAGUGAAGUAGAUCACUUUUUGAGAGGUUUGAACGAACUCAUUCCUGAUAAUCUUCUUGGCAUUUUCGACGAAAACGAACUAGAGUUGCUAUUGUGUGGAACCGGAGAAUACAGCGUAGCGGAUCUUCGAGCUCACCACGUCGCUAAUGGCAGCUCACCCGAGUUCCUAAGAGUGCUCGACUGGUUUUGGACCGCAGUGAGCAACUUUACCCAGGAGGAAAUGGCGCGACUUCUGCAGUUCACCACAGGAUGCUCGCAAUUGCCUCCUGGUGGCUUUCAACAACUCAGUCCACGAUUCCAAAUUACUGCUGCGCCAACUUUCGAAAAUCUUCCAACGGCGCAUACAUGUUUCAAUCAAUUAUGCUUACCUGACUACGAAUGCUACGAUCAUUUCGAAAAAGCGCUGCUUCUAGCCAUAAGUGAGGGUACAGAAGGUUUCGGGAUGAUUUAAACGAUUUGUCGCCAGUGAUAAAUUCCCUCUAGUCAAAGUUACUAACUUUUACGAUUAUUAUAAUGAUUACUUUUUUUACUUAUUGAACACUUGAUCGAUGUAACGCAGCCGAUACUAGUCAGUUAUUGCUUUCGUUAUAUAGAGAAAAGAAACAUAUUUUUAUUCUGUUUUCUACGAAUGCUAUGUUAAAUAAUCAGUUUCUAUCAAAAAGAAAAAUGACAAGUUUUUUAUAUUUUACUUAAAGCCUAUUACAAUUGUACUAGUUAAAAACAAAAUAUCAUUGUUAAGCUACUACUUGUAAAUACUGUGUAUGAGUCAUGCUGAACGGUUGAGUGAAGAAGUUUGUUGAAUAAUUUUUAAGAAAUCUCAUCUUAUUUUUGAAAUAAUUGUUUACUAUUUUAAUCGAUGCAUAUAUUAAAACUACUAUCAUAAUUAUGAUAUUAACAAAAACUUAUAGUUGAACAAGGACAAAUAAUGAAAAUGUACUUGAUCUUCAUUAGAUAUGCUUGAUUAAAUUAUCAAAACAAAAUUUAGCAAAGUAGUUAGAGCCAAAAAGCAAAUGAAACUUUCCAUAACAAAAAUUUAUCAUUUUUAUAUUGCAAUGGGCGUCAGGAUUACGAUAUCUUGGCAAUCAAAAUAUAAACAUUUUAGAUAGAGAUACUUGAAAUCCAAUGCUUAUGCAAUCUUUUAAAAGCCAACCUCAUCAAUUGCUUUAUAUACAUUAAUUGCAAUUAUCUCUUGACAUCAUUCUCUAGUAAAAAAAGGUCGAAAAACGUAAUGAAGAGAUUAAUAUAUAAGAUAGAUGAAAAAAAUCGACUUUAAUCAAAAUAAACGGUCUUUUAUUGAGAUAAAAUACAAAAACAUAGCUAUGUAAAUAUAUACUGUAUUAUCUAAUCAUUGUCCGUUACUAUUAGAUUCGACUGUAUCAUUGUGAUCUAUCGAUUGCUAAAUUGAAUAGUCAUUAAAUGACUCGUUAAUAUAAUCGUUAUAGAAAUAAAUAUGAUCAAAAAAACAGAA